AUGGAUCGUGCACGGAUUCGUUUGCCGGAUCGCUGCAGAACGCACAAGGUGAAGCAACCGCGAAAGGGCAAAUCGGAGCAAUAUAAAACGAGGCACAUCCUCGCUGAACUGUAUUCUGCUAACGGCUUACAACGGAGAGAAGCCUGCUUUCGGUUAGAACUUAAUAUUCCACCGAUAAUCAUGUCGCCACUUUUGGUUGUUAUGCUAUCGACGAUGAUAGCGGCGGUAUCUUGCGGCCGUUUGGAACCACAGUACCUACCACCGCGACCAGGUGGAGGUUUUGGUGCCGGUGCUGGCAGUGGAGCUGGUGGAUCGAGCAGUGGAAUAUUCGGUGGAUCGGGCGGGGCAGGCGGCUCUGGUGGAUCUUUUGGCGGGUCUGGUGGGUCUUUUAGCGGAUCAUACAGCGGUACUGGAUCGUAUAGUGGAAGCGGUGGUGCAAAUAUCCCUAUCCUUAAAUACGAGAAUCAGAACAAUGGGGACGGAUCUUACCGCUUCAGCUAUGAAACUGGUAAUGGCAUAUCUGCCCAAGAGAGUGGUGCACCCCGGGCUCAGGGCCCCGAAGGUCCUGCUGUUACAGCUGAAGGUGGAUUUUCAUACCGCGCUCCUGACGGUCAACAGAUCUCCCUAUCAUACACCGCUGACGAAAAUGGUUUUCACCCCGUCGGGUCUCACCUCCCAACUCCACCUCCAAUCCCUGAAGAAAUCCUGCGCUCCAUUGAAUUCAACAGGCGUAACCCAUCUUCUGAAGGUGCGUACAACCCAGGCGCAGGUUCUGGAGGCAACGGCGGCUCCGGCGGCUACCACUACUGA